UUUCAGGCUCAACUCUCUCUCACAAAGAUGUCUUGCUACGACCUGUGCCCACCAAAAACCAGCGUUGCUGUCCCCCAGCCCAUCGCUGAGAGCUGCAACGAGCUGUGCGCCCGCCAGUGCCCAGACUCCACAGCCUUCAUCCAGCCACCACCCGUCGUCGUCACCUUCCCUGGCCCCAUCCUCAGCUCCUUCCCCCAGCAAGCCGUGGUGGGCUCCUCUGGAGCACCUGCCUUUGGGGGCAACCUGGGGCUGGGGGGCCUCUAUGGUGCUGGGUCCACCCAGGGCUCGGGGGGUCUCUGCACCUUUGGCAGACCCUACGCUGCUCCUGCCUGCAGCCCUUGUGUCUUGCCCCGCUACAGCAGGAGGCUGUGGGACAACUGUGGGCCCUGCUAGAUCCAGCCCCA